UUUACGGCACAAUUUUGAUUAUAACUAUAUUUGGCCGUUAAAAUGCGCUGCAGCUAGAAGUUAUGGAAUUGAUAUAUUUGUCGACUUUAAAUAGCAUAUUCUGUCAAUUUCAAUUGCGGUCACACUGCUAGCGGCAGCGGCGUUUUCGGUGGGUCAAAACAACAAAGCAUAGGGAAACAAAAAAACGAAGAAAAAAGAAACAACAAAGAAAACGCAAAAAGAAAAGAAAACGGCAACGGCGACGACGACGGCGAAGAACGUGAGGCAAACAACGAAAUUCAAACGCAUUUAUUAUUUUGCGCUGUACUGAUACGCAGCACAUACUCUACUAUUUGCUCAGGGAUCCAUAUUUAAAGACACAACUGUGUUCAAAAUAAGCAAAAACAACACAACACACAGGAAAACAUACAUAGAACAUAUAUAAACAAAACGCCGCCGCCAGCAAAAACGCCACCGCGAUGAAAAUCACUGUGACCACCACCGAUGAUAAGAUAUUCUUUCUCGAUGUCGCCGAGGAUUUGGAGCUGGAAAAUCUAAAGGCCUUGUGUGCGAUGGAAAUUGGCGCAGAGGUCAGUCAAAUCAUGUUGCUAUUCAACGGUCGCGAAUUAAACAACGAUAAGCAGUCGUUGCAACAGUUUGGAGUCCGAGAUGGCGAUUGCGUUGUGUUAGAGCGACGCCGGAUCAAUCAGCAUAAUCCCAAUCCCAUUCGAGCAGCUGCAACGAAUGCAACGAUUCCAUCGAUUAGCAAUUUGGACUUUAGCGGCAUCGCGGUGCCGGGCUCGAGCGGCACGGGCAACAGUCCGCCGACACAGACAGCAUCGGCAGGCAGCGGCAUCGGCAUUGGCAGCAACAGUUUGCAACAGCAGCUGGAGCAGCACUUGCAGCAACAGCAGCUGACGGACAUCCCCAUGACAGAUGACUUCAAUGUGAACCUCGACGAUGAUCCGGCAACGGUGCGCGAAGUGUUUCUCUCGAAUCCGGAAGCAUUGUCGCUGCUGCGACAGUACAAUACACCGCUGGCCGAAGCCUUGGAUUCGGGUGAUCUGGAGACAUUCAAGCGUGUGCUGCGCGAGAAUAUCACGGAGCGAAAACGUCGCAAUGAUCAGCGUCUGCGUAUGCUGAAUGCGGAUCCGUUCGAUGAGGAGACACAGCGUCUCAUUGCCGAGGAGAUUAAGCAGAAGAACAUUCAGGACAACAUGGCCGCUGCCAUCGAAUACAAUCCCGAAAUCUUUGGCACAGUCACCAUGCUUUACAUCAACUGCAAGGUGAACGGUGUGCCCGUCAAGGCGUUCGUUGACUCCGGCGCCCAGACGACAAUCAUGAGCAAGGAUUGCGCUGAACGCUGUCAUGUGAAUCGCUUGAUCGACACACGCUGGAACGGUGUGGCUAAGGGCGUCGGUACACAGCCGAUUUUGGGACGCAUUCACAUGGUGCAGCUGCAGAUCGAGAACGAUCAUCUGACCUCCAGUUUCACGGUGCUGGGCCAACAGCCUAUGGACAUGUUGUUGGGCCUCGACAUGCUCAAGCGGCAUCAGUGCCUUAUCGAUUUGCAGCGCAAUCUAUUGAUCAUUGGCACCACGGGCACCUCAACACCGUUUCUGCCGGAGAGCGAGCUUCCGCCCUGCGCCCGCCUCACUGGCAAUCCGGAGGACAACGAGCAACAGGCCAUUGCCGAGGCCAUCGAGCAGAGCAAGCGAGAAAGUGGCGGCGCAGCAGGAGCAAGCACAAGUCAAGCGAGCGGCAGUAGUGGAAGUACGACGGGUUUCAAUGCCAGCAACAUUAAUUCGAUACAACCGCUGGAUCGUUUCACGGAGCAGGAUGUGAGUGAUCUGAUGGCAUUGGGUUUUCCGCGCAGCGAUGUUCUCACGGUGCUGAGAUUGUGCAAUGGGAACAAGGCGAUUGCUAGCUCGAUGCUGGUUAGCCGCAAUGCUGCUGCCGGUGGCGCUGGAUUCAGCUGAACGCUGCUCUGGCCAGCAGCUGCUGCUCCAACAACAACCACAACAAAAACAACAACAAGACCACCUCCUUCUGCUUCUCCUACAUUGCUCUGGGAUCAAUCAAAACCAUUUUGCAAUACAACAACACAAGAAACUCAUCAAUAACAAUAUCGAUGUCGUUGCCGAUUCCGAUGUGUUUAACAAACAAAUCAAAACGAAAAAAAAAAAAAAAAAAAAAACAACAAAA